AAAACAUAUAAAUCUCAAAAUGCAUAAAACAUCAGUUAUUUUUUGUGUCGCUCCAGCUACUGAAGAUACCGACAUCAGAGAAGUUGAAACCAAAAUCAAAAGCAUCAAAAUGAAAGGUUUAACAUGGGGUGAUUGUAAAAAAGAUAAAGAUAUUGGUAUUGGUAAACUUAAUCGUUUAAAGAUGUUAGCUGUCGUUGAAAAUGAUACUUCAGUUGAUGAAAUUGAAGAAAGAAUUUCAAGAAUGAAGGAUUUAGUUCAAUCCGUUGAUAUUGAAGCCAUGUCUGAAAUCUAGAGUUUCAAUCAUUAAUUCCCCUCAACAGGUAGAAUUAAUAACAAAUAACUUUAUAAAAUAAAAAUUAUAGUUAUUAAU